CUUGUGCCCAUGACAAGCAGUUACAGAAAAUGGAUGGAUUUACGGAGGGAAUGUUUUUGUGCUGAGAGGUCAGUUGGUUUGCCAGCGCCCGAUGAAAUCGCUUCAUAAUCACCACAUGGAUUAUUUAUGGCUGCGAUUAUGGCGCUCUGAUUGAUUAAAUGUGUGCAGCAGGCCAGAGGGGCAAGCUGCCCCAGCGCGUAGCAGCGUCCAGUCUCCCACCCCAGGAUGGCAUUCCGCAGAGCCCCCCAGCCGCUAUUCUCCUUACCCCUCCCUCUGUCUCGGCUCUUGCAGACCCCACAAAGUGUUUAUUCUCUGUUUCCGUAAUUAUUAACAGCCCAUGCAGUUUUUGUGCUGAUUUUCUGAUUCCUUGCCAUGGGGACCAAUAUGUUUCAAAGGGUCGUGAGUGUUUGAGCUUCAAUUCAAGCCCAUUAUCUGUAUUUUUCAGUGGGUGUGAUGGAGGGGAAGCUGUUUUCCUGUUGUUGAGGCUACAGCAGCAAGGUGUCAUGGGAGCUGUAGUUCAUUCAGUGGCUUCAGUGUCCCUGAGGGGCAAACAGCUGAUAUUGUUCAAUAUAGACAAGCGAUGGACAAAAUGAUGCUUCAUGAACCAUUUGCUGUAUUUCUUGACCCCACUAGAUGGCGCUCUUGGUUAGCUUUGGGGCAUGCCUUUGUGCCCUUUUUUGAAGGGAGAGCAUCAUAUAGUGUAGUCAGAAAAUACAGCAAAUGGUUCAUGAAGCACCAUUUUGUCCAUCACUCAUACAGAAGUAAUUAAGCUUGAGGUGCUUGUAUCAAUACAGUGAUAGCACGUGCAUUUUAAAUGGAUUAGGGACAAUAUGGAAAACGUUGUGUGAGUGUAAUCAAUAAAAAAAAAGCCUGCUCAGUUUUCCGUAUGUGUGUGUCUGUGAAGGGCUUGGCUUCAAAGGGUUGCUUCAGGUUAGACACAUUUAAUAAGAAAGACAGUUGUGGUCAGACUUUUUUAAUCUUUAGAAUAAAAGGAGUUCAUGUUUUCAUGAACGAGAGAGGUGUAGCUGUAGCUGUAACUGAUGCAUGCUUUUGAGCCCAUAGGCGCCUGGUCUGCAUGAGUCAAAGCCUCCCUUAUCUUUCCUGUGCUUUUCCCAGAGUAACGAGAUGCUGGAGCUCCAGAGGAACCGGAUGAAGGACGAGAUCCGCGAGUACAAGUUCCGGGAGGCACGGUCGCUGCAGGACUACAGCGAGCUGGAGGAGGAGAACAUCAUGCUACAGAAGCUGGUGUCCACGCUGAAGCAGAACCAGGUGGAGUUCGAGGGCCUGAAGCAUGAGAUGAAGGUCCUGGAGGAGGAGACAGAGCUUCUGCAGAGUCAGCUGGAGGAGGCCCUGCGGCUGAAGCAGAUCUCAGAGACACAGCUGGAGGAGGCGUUAGAUGCACUGAAGAGCGAGUGCGAGCAGAAGAACAGCCUGCGCAAGGAGCUGGCGCACUGCAUGAGCCUCAGCGACAGCGUGUACGGAACCCACCUGGCCCUUGCCGACGGCCUUAAGUUUGCUGAAGAGGCAGCGACCAACGGUACAGCCGCCACCGGCUCGCCCAACAACCAGGACAGCAACAAGUGUAACGGGCACACGGCCAAGGUCAACGGCGACUACCGAGCAGCCGGCCGGAAGGGCGAGACCGCCAACCUCGUGUCGGACCUCUUCAGUGAGCUCAACCUCUCUGAGAUGCAGAAGCUCAAGCAACAGCUACUGCAGGUGGAGCGGGAGAAAGCCCUGCUGCUGACGAACCUGCAGGAGUCGCAGACGCAGCUGGAGCAUACGCAGGGAGCCCUGACGGAGGAGCAUGAGCGCGUGCACCAGCUGACGGAGCAUGUCGAUGCCAUGCGGCGUCUGCACUGUGACAAGGAGGUGACAGAGUGCGAGAAGGCAGCCAACGGCCACACGCACCUGGACGACACCCACGGCCUGGAGGUGCUGGAGUGCAAGUACAAGGUGGCCGUGACGGAAGUUAUUGACCUGAAGGCGGAGCUCAAGAACCUCAAGGAGAAGUAUAACCAGUGCGUGGAGGGCCAGGCGGAGGAGCGAGCUCGCGGAGAGGCCCGGCUGCAGGUGCUGGACGACCAGGUGAGCAGGCUGGAGCAGAGCUGCCGCGAGAGCCAGCAGCGCAUCAUCAGUCUGGAGGGCGAACUGCGGAGCAUGACCAUGGCAGCUGGCGAGAACCAGGCCCUUCUGAACGCUGCCCAGGACGAGCUGGUGACCUUCAGCGAGGAGCUGGCGCAGCUCUACCACCACGUCUGCCUGUGCAACAACGAGACGCCCAACCGCGUCAUGCUCGACUACUACCGGCAGGGCCGGGCCGCCCGGGGGGGCAGCCUUAAGGGCCCCGAGGACCCGCGUGUCCUGCUCUCCCCCCGCCUUGCACGUCGCCUGGCCGCCGCCUCGCCUCCUGAACCCCGAGGCGAUUCCCCAUCCAAAGACCCCCCCACAAACAGCAGCAAGGACCUGCAAUCGAGUCCUGCCCGUACCCCCAUGGGCUCGCCGGUCAUCAGCAUCUCCCCCUCGCCAUCGCCGACGCCCGCCACCCAUGAACCCGGCGCCGACCCGCGUCGGGAGCCCAUGAAUGUUUGCAACCUGAAUGCCAUCGUGCGCGACCAGAUCAAGCACCUGCAGCGUGCCGUCGACCGCUCACUGCAGCUGUCCCGGCAGCGGGCCGCUGCCCGCGAGCUCGCACCCGCAUUCGACAAGGACAAGGAGGCCUGCAUGGAGGAAAUCCUCAAGCUGAAAUCCCUGCUGAGCACCAAGCGCGAGCAAAUUGCCACACUCAGGAUCAUCCUCAAGGCCAAUAAGCAGACCGCAGAGGUGGCGCUGUCCAACCUGAAGAGCAAGUACGAGAACGAGAAGUCCAUGGUGACAGAGACCAUGACGAAGCUGCGGAACGAGCUGAAGGCCCUGAAAGAGGACGCGGCCACCUUCUCCUCGCUGAGAGCCAUGUUCGCCACCAGGUGCGACGAGUACGUGACGCAGCUGGACGAGAUGCAGCGGCAGCUGGCGGCCGCCGAGGACGAGAAGAAGACGCUGAACUCGCUGCUGCGCAUGGCCAUCCAGCAGAAGCUGGCGCUGACGCAGCGACUUGAGGACCUGGAGUUCGACCACGAGCAGUCGCACCGCGGCCGCGCCAGCAAGGCGGCCAAGCUCAAGGCCAGCCCCUCCAAAGUAAGUGGAAAGGCAGCCUCCACGGCGCCCCCUAGUCCCACUGCCGCCUCUGUGCUCGUCUCGCCUGUGGCUCAGGGUCCCCCAGCCCCACACGCCGUCAGCCUUUCUGCUAUCAGCAGCCCACCCCCCCUGGACACGCCCCACUCGGCCUCGGGCUGGGCGGGGUCUCCCCAGUCGUUCCUCCUGAGCCACCCACAGUGGGCCCUGGGUGUCCAGGCUCUCACCACUGAUACCCACAACUUCAGCCUAGACUUCCAUCCGCACCCGAUUGCCGUGAGCCCGAGCUCCGCCCCCGCCUCGCCCUAUCGCUCGCCGGUCCUGGGCGUCAGGUCCUCGGUACCCAGCGCUGGCAGAACUCGUACCCUUGCCGAUAAAGCGCAUGCCACCGCCCUGAGUGCCUCAGCCCCCACGCCCUGCCACCUCGACUCCCGCACCUACACUUCCCAUCAUCUCCAUCACUGACUCUUGCCAGGAAGUGAGGCCGGGUGACACAGACAGGAAGACAGACUGGUUUCCUGUCAUUUCCCACCAGUAGCCACCUUAAAGCCACCGGAAUGGACAUUCCUCAGGGUUUUGUAUUGAGAUGCCGCACAUGAUGGCCGCUUUCCCAUGGAUGCCGUUGGUUAGUCUCUGACAGGCUCUGUCUUAAUAGCUAUUGUGGGGGUUGGUUGUCUCUCCCCAUCUUUUCUUGUCUUUCCACAAGAGGAGACAUUAAUUCACCUGCAUGCACUGUCCCAUCUUACUCACUUCUGUACCUGCAGAACUGAAUAUCACAGGACCAAAGUCCAAGUCAACCCGAGAGAUUAAAUAGAUAUUUUGGGAACCUGAAUGUUUUUCCAAAGCUUGUGGGUUUUUCUUUUAGACAUAAGUUAUGAUUUUAUGUCCUUUUUUUUAGCGAUAUAAAACAUCAUAGCGUAGCAUAGAUAGAUAUUACUGAUUAUGAUUUUGGACCAGGUUGUUUGACAACCCAGAUAAAACAUAUCUGACGUUUCCAUUUUUGACAGUAAAGAUCACCUGAGUCUUAAUAGUCAACUGUCUCUGCAAUGCCUUUAAAACUGUCCUAGAUUGAUUUUGCAGAAAACUGUAUGAUUUUUUUAAAUCCAACACGCAUUAAAUUGAAAACAAUAAUGUAAAUACUGGGACUGUGGCCUUACAGCAGGAAAUGAUGCUUAAAAAAGAUUUGUGCAUCUUUGCUGCCACCCAGUGAUAAACUUUGGAAAUAACAAGUAAGGUUUAUGCUAAGGUUUAGAUGCCUUGCGACGUCUACCACUGCCUUACAAAGCAGAGCUCAAAAUACGUCAGUAUGUGUUAUGUGCAUGUAACUCAGGGACUUUAAUGCACUGCCCUGAAGCUCAUACACGCAAAGUGUGUGUGGAGGAUACAAAACGUCAUUUGGAGGAAGGAGGCAGGUAGUCAUUGUUAGCAUUGAUAAAAUAGAUCGCAAUUUGUAACAGACUUUGUAACAAAAGACCUUGUCAGCAGACCUGGGAAUGCAUGUUGUGUGAGGAAGCAGUUAUUGGCAGUAGUUUCAUAAUAAGAUUAUUAGAUUUAGUCACUUUAUUUAUUCAUUCGUUCACUUUAUUUGUUUGUUUAUUUGAUUGUUGACUGUGAUAUUUCAUGCACACAAAGAGAAUUCCAGAAGCAAAUCUUCUAAGUGAAAUUCCUGCUUAGGCUCACGGUUAUCCUUCAUGGAAAAACUGGGCUCUGUCAUUAUAUAUUUAUCGGAGCAAAAUGCAUUUGACAGAUAUAAUUUGGCCGCAUGAUGUUUUCACAAAACAUCUCCUAGCCUGCAAAAAACAAUAGGCACAAUUCAUGAUCAUUAAAAAAAACUUCAAUCGGUCGGCAUUGUGGUCAUUAAGGUGGCAAUAUUUGGUCGGUUAGAGGAACUCGACCGUAUUCGACUGCUAUCCCCCGGUAGCCAUGGCAACGCAAAUGAAAGUAGGAUCUAGCUGACUUUCUUGCAUCCUCUGUAUAUCAUGUACCUCAGUGUCUCCCCUGUCCAGCUCUGUUCUUAUGUCUGUCAGUCUUGCCUGACUUUGUCCACCAGGGGGCAGAACACAGAGCAUGGAUACAGAAACCUGUUAUAGCAAUGAGGCGUCACACGGUGAGGAGACACAACUAUAGCUGAGUUAGAAAUCGUCGGGCUCCUGAUAGGCUGCUUUGAAUUAUGGUGCAUUCCUGCCUCCUGGAGUUUCCAGCCAACUUCAGCAAAAUCGGCUCGUGAUCCCGGCUUGGAGCCCUGACUGCAGCUGACUCAGAGCUCCCCAGUGCUCUACUUGUGACAUCAUUUGUUCUGGCAUCUCUCCACUUUUCUACUACUUUUACGACGUAUUUUCACCAUUUGCAGAUCCCUUCUGAUAGGAGACACUGAGCGGCAUCGCUACCCAUAACGCCCUGAUUUCAGUGACAGACGCAGUAUCAUCCCCCUAUUUUCUAUGCUAAACGAUCCCACAGAUGCAUUUUUCCUGAAUGACGAAGGAGACGGAAAGGAUACUAGUAGAACUUCAUGCAAGGGUGUGGUCGCUGAAAGAAGGGUAUUCGAGAAUCUCAGGGAUUGUGUCUUGGUUAAAAAUGCUAAAUUUGUGAAACUAGAAACCAGUGUAACCUGUCUGUGUCGCCCAAUAUCUCAGUUUCGAAGACAGGAACAUAGACACCCCCAACAAGCCAGCGCGCAUAUAGACCCAUUCACAUUCCUAUGCAUAUGCAGGCUCCACCCGAUCCUUUCAGCCAAGAAGACGCUACUGACGAUAAUCGGGUUUUCGCCACUAGGUGGCACUGUUUAGUCACUCCCCGUAUUCCCUGCACUGUCAUUUAAGAACGUGUCUGAAAAUUCCGUCUAAUCUGUCAAAUGCAGUUUGGCCUACGUAUGGGUAUUUAUUUGGUUUUAUUGGAAACGUUCUGUUAACUAUUACUUCUUACAUUAUAUGGUUUGGUGUAUAUGACUUUAUAUGUAUAUGAAGUUAUAUAGUUUUUCAGUAUGACUGAAGGGGUCCUGAAAUAUUUUAAGAUUCUGUUCAUUAGACUGUGCUGGGGCGUUAAUACGUUUAAGGUAUUUUAAGCAGGAAUUGAAUGGUAAACGAUACACUCUUUUUACCGGUUUACCUUGCGUGUGGUCAUGUUUCUCCAGUCAAAAUUUAUGUUGUGUUUUGUGUGAAACUGUUCAGACGUGUAGUGUGUAUAAAUGAGUAUGUGUUUUGUUUUGUCUGUCCGUUGAAUGCACUAUAAAAUCUGUCUGCCGUAAUGGUGUGGGAUGGGCUGAGAGGAACGAUUGCUCAGUUGUGGUAGCAUAGUACGUUUUUUUUUUGCUUAUUUUCAGUCUUUCAGAUUUAAUCAUUUUAUUUUUUUGCUUCCUUCACUGAAUAUUUCUCCGUUAAUGUUAAUAUGUAACUGCAGGUAACUGAAAUGGUAAUUGUUCAUGGAACAUUGGUGUAGACUUAUGGCAUCAUUUGUUUCGUGUCUCCCUGUAAAUGGAAGUUGGAUGUGCUCCGCCGCCUCAGUUUUUCCCUCCGCCUCUCUGUCUGUCUCCCCCCGGCCUUUUUAAUAACGGACAUUCAGGUUUUGUGCGAUACGCACCGUGGUGUUUUGUUUAAUAUUUGAAAAGCAAAAAUAAAUGUACAUUUUGCUCCAUGUCAAAGAGACCGCUUAUCCACAAUAAAAAAAUAAUUUACCAGCUCU